AUGGCGUUGGAAGAAGUGGUGCGAUACUUGGGACCUCAUAAUGAGAUCCCAUUGACGCUGACUAGAGACUCCGAGACUGGUAAUUUCCUCCUGAAACAUUUCCUACCUAUUCUGCAGCAGUAUCAUGAUACAGGAAAUAUAAAUGAAACAAACCCCGAUAAAUUCCCCACUAAUGAGGAAAGAGAUAGAUUACUGGCGCAUUAUGGGAUUGUUGUGACUACAAACGACCAAGGUGAGUUAUGGAUAGAGUUAGAGAAAUGUUUGGAACUAUUGAACAUGUUAAAUCUGUUUGGCUUGUUCCAGGACGCAUUUGAAUUUGAAGAGGCUGAAACAGAUCAGGAUGAAGAGGACCCUGAACAUAUUAAAGAAAUAGAGAACAAUAUAAAAAACGAGAACACCACAAAUAGUGCCAGUUUCAAAAGGAUCAAUAAUUUACAAGAUACGGAGGUAAAUUCCGAUGAUCAAAGGGAAUUGGGCUCUCCGUUGAAAAAGUUGAAAAUAGACACUUCUGCGAUAGAGGCGGAAAGUGGCACGACUCCUACUGCUGCCACAGUUAACACCAACAAUGACGAUAAGAGCAGCGGCAGCGGUAACAGUGACAACAACAAUGACGCAAAUAACAACGAGAGGACGGCUGGACCUAUCGUUGCAUUCACUCAUGACCUGACUCCUGAAUUCUUGAACAAUCCGUUGAAAAUUAUGAAGACAUCACCUUCUCCAAUUGUAAACGAUAACGAACAAAAGAUGAAACUGGAGGCGUUCCUUCAACGGUUAUUAUUCCCAGAGAUCCAAGAAAUGCCCGCAUCUUCAAAUAAUGAAAACACUGCUAGAAAUUUGCAACAGGGAAGCUCCGGCCAACAGCAGCAGCAGCAUGUUUCAUUUGACAGUGUUUUCCAAGAGGUUAAUGACGCUUUUCCUCGCACCCCAUUAAAUCUAAAUAUUCCCGUCGAUGAACAUGGGAAUACUCCAUUGCAUUGGUUGACUUCGAUAGCGAACCUAGAACUGGUGAAAAAUUUAGUCAAGCAUGGCUCAAACAGAUUAUACGGUGAUAAUAUGGGGGAGUCUUGUCUAGUGAAAGCUGUCAAAUCAGUCAAUAAUUAUGAUUCUGGAACUUUUGAGGCACUCUUGGAUUACCUAUAUCCAUGUUUAAUCUUGGAAGACUCGAUGAGUAGAACAAUUUUACAUCAUAUCAUUAUUACAUCUGGUAUGGCCGGUUGUUCGUCUGCUGCUAAAUAUUACUUAGAUAUUUUGAUGGGAUGGAUCGUCAAGAAACAAAACAGACCCAUUAAAAGUGGUGAUAAUGGUGGGAAUAAGAGCGAUAACGAAAAAGGAGAAAAGAGGGAUUCAAUUCUAGAAAAUCUGGAUUUGAAAUGGAUAAUAACUAACAUGCUUAAUGCCCAGGACUCUAAUGGUGAUACUUGUUUGAAUAUUGCGGCAAGAUUAGGAAAUAUCUCGAUAGUAGAUGCUUUAUUAGACUACGGUGCAGACCCAUUUAUUGCAAACAAGUCGGGCUUAAGACCUGUGGAUUUUGGGGCAGGUACUUCAAAAUUACAAAAUAACAACAGCGAUGACAAAAACUCUAAUAUGGUGUCCAAGGAAGAUUCUGAUAGCCAAAACGACGGAAGCAACAAAAAAAUAAGGACUCAACUACUGAAAAACCCCCCUGAAACGACGUCGUUAAUUAAUGAAGUUCAAAAUUUACUAAACUCUAUCUCAAAAGACUACGAGUCUGAGACAAUACAAUAUAACGAAAAACUAGAAAAUCUCCAUAAAGAGUUGAAUGAACAACGAGAUAACCUGGCUAGUUCAAGAGAUCAAUUAGCAAGUGUAAAACAACUGAAAGACGAAUACUCAUUAAUGCAAGAGCAAUUGACUAAUUUGAAGUCUGGCAUCGAAGAAGAAGAAGCAAAUUUUAGGGAGGAAAGCAAAAAGCUGGGAAUUAUUACAGACGAAAGUUCGGGUAUUGAUUGGGAGUCCAGUGAAUACGAUGCAGAUGAGCCAUUCAAAGUAGAGCUCAUUUCAGAUUUCUUGGAGGAAAAACUACAAACGGACUAUGAUGGUGACAUUUCCAAAUUGCUAGAAUCAGAGUCCAAAGAGCAAAUAAUGGAACAAAUACGAAAUCAAAUUCCGAUGGAAAAAAUCGAUUCUAUGCUACCACCUACCGUUUUACUAAAAGCAAGAAUAAACGCAUACAAGAGGAAUGAUAAACACUUAAGCAAUGUCUUGCACACAAUUAGUACCAAACAAUCAGAAUUAGAGAAUAAAUUUAGAAGAGUGUUGUCCCUAUGUUUGAAAAUUGAUGAAAACAAAGUGGAUGAUAUGCUUGACGGUUUGUUGCAAGCCAUAUCAUCCGAAGACCCGCAAGAUAUCGAUACCGAUGAAAUGCAAGAUUUCUUAAAAAAGCAUGCUUCGUGA